CGUUGAAACCCUAGGUAUCAUUAACCGGAGAAGUUGGCACCUCACUUUCGAUUUUCUUGUUUUACCGCGUUCCCUUUCGCUCCUCCUCUUUCCCCGUACGGGCUCUCGAACCCUAAUUUUCUUUCUCUAUCUCAUUUUUUGUAAUCAAUUGAAAAUUAUCCUUGCUGGUAUUGAUAUUUUUAUCGAGAAGUCAACUGUCUUGCCCGAAUAUCUGAUCUCCUAGAGUCCUUUGGCAGUUGGUAUUAUAGUUUAAUUAUACCCAACAGGAGUGAUCCUCAUUUGGCAAAUGCUUUAUUCUGAGUAGCUGUAUUUAAAUUACCGAGAUAAGUUUACAUUUCGGACGUCGGAUUGAUAUAAACUAUUCGCAUCACUCGACAUCUGGUGGUUUUGGUUGAUCUGGGCAUACGACGAAAUGGUAGGGGGUGGAAGCAGGAGAGACGAAGGUUCGUUGAUGCUUAACAACACGAACGUUUUUGCUGCGCUUGAUGCUCUCAAGAAGAAGAAGAAGUCCGAUAAGGAGCGCAAGAGCAAGGGGUCGUCGAAAUCACAGGCUCAGUCAAAGGAACCUGAACCCCAGGUGUUUUGGGCUCCCACUCCCUUGAAUGCCAAAUCUUGGGCUGACGUUGAUGACGAUGACGAUGACGACUAUUUUGCGACCACUGCACCGCCUCAGUCUGUCUGGGGUGCAUCCGAGCCGGAGCAGAGUAAGGAGAAGCCGAGCUAUGUAGAGGAAAGUGAGAGUGAGGAAGAUAUUUUAGAAGAAGGGGAUGAUGAUGCUGAGGAAGAGCAUGAUCAUGAACCUGAGCAGUCUGUAAACCCUGAGCAUGAGGUUAAGAAGCCUGCUGAAGUUUCCCUGGCACCAAAGGAGGCAGAACGGCAACUCUCCAAAAAAGAAAGGAAGAAGAAAGAACUUGCAGAGCUUGAGGCUCUUUUGGCAGAUUUUGGUGUUGCACAGAAAGAGAGUAAUGGUCAAGAUGAGUCACGAGGUGCACCUCAAGAUAAGAGGGAUGCUGAGGCUGAUGGAGAAAAGAGAGAAAACAUUACUGCGGAGUCCAAAAGUGCAAAGAAGAAGAAAAAGAAGGACAAAUCCUCCAAGGAGGUGAAAGAAUCGCAGGAUCAGCCCAAUGUUGCAGAUGCAAACAAUGUUGGUGAUGAGGUUGCUGCUUCAGAAAACAUGGAGGAGGAUACGUCCACUGUUGAUGUUAAAGAGCGUCUUAAGAAAGUUGCUUCGAUUAAAAAGAAGAAAUCAAGUAAAGAAAUGGACGCUGCUGCAAGGGCUGCUGCUCAAGAGGCUGCUGCGAGAAGUGCUAGGCUUGCGGCUGCAAAAAAGAAAGAGAAGAAUCAUUAUAACCAGCAACCUAUGCGGUAAAAGCACCUGCCCCUUGUUUUUUCGGGCCAUCAGUAAGAGUAUCUGUCUGCUCAACUAACGUCCAUUUAGAAAUAUGUAUGUCUUGUUCAUAUCAUGGUGCAGAAUAAACAGUUGGCUCUGAGGACCCUGGUUGUAUUAUCAUAGACGUGAGAAAUUUUCUGUUCGUUUUCU